AUGGCUGCUGUCAUCGAGCUCGAGCGGCUGCAGCGCGUCCUGGAGCUGCACUGCUCCUUCUGCCUGCAGCUCUUCGCGGAGCCCGUGCGGCUCACGGGCUGCGGCCACAGCUUCUGCCGGGACUGCAUCCUCCGGUACUGCCUGGGGCGGCCCCGCGUCCUCUGCCCGCUCUGCCGGCGCCCCUUCGAGCCCCAGCACCUGCGGCCCAACCGCGAGCUGGCCGCGCUGCUCAGCCUCAUCCCGCGGGAGCUGCAGGAAAGCUUGGAAACACAGGAGGAGCCGGAGCCCCGUGGAGCUGCUGCCUGCAACGACCUGAGCUGGGCGAGGCGGGGACCUGGGGAGAAGGAGGAAGAGAUAUGGGAGAGUUCCAAGCAACAAGAAAUAACUGCAGAGACCGUUCACCUGUUGAGGAAAGAUCUCAAUAAAACAAAGGAAUAUACAUCUCAGAUCAAAAGCCAGAUUACUAAAUAUUUCUGUUACAUGAAGGAAUAUGUUGAAAGACAGGAAAGAAACACACUGAUGUUCAUUGAACAAGAGCAAAAAGCUGCUCAACAGAAAAUUGAAGAGACUAUUCACCAGCUUACAGACAUCAAAGCCCAAACUAGUGAUUUAUCGGAGAGGCAGAGAUAUGAAGGCUCACCUUCAACAAUUUAUAAAAUUACACUUGAUGAGAAGCUUAAUGUUGUCAAAAGUGCUGUAGAAGAUCUUAGAAAAAAGUUGGAAAUUUUACUCUUCGAGAAUUAUGCUCAGCAACUCCCACCAGUACAACCUCCAGACUCGUAUCAGGAGCCAAGUGUCUGCUCAUCAUCUCCAGAGGCUGCAGCUGAAAGUCCUGAACCAAGCAUUUCCAGCCCGUUUUCUCUCUGGGCAGAGGAUGUGACUUUUGACCCCACAAGAGUACACGAGCGCUUGGCACUGACAGCCCAGAACAGGAGAGUGAUGGUUUCCAGCCAUCCAACCACUUAUCAACCAUCACCCAAAAGAUUCUGCAUCAGCCAAGUGAUGUGUUCACAGGGCUUCUCUACUGGGAGCCACUACUGGGAAGUAAUUACCAAGGACAGUGAUGGAUGGGCUGUUGGAGUUGCUCAUGAAAUGAUUGGUAAAAGGGAGAAAUUGGGAAGAACUGAGCAUUCCUGGUGUGUAGAAUGGCUGGGUCCUAAAAAACAGCUGUCAGCAUGGCAUAAGGAUCAGGAAACAUUAUUACAGAAGGACAAACCACUGAAGGUUGGAGUUUUCCUGGAGCUACAAAAGAAGACCGUGUCAUUUUACUCCAUCACUGACAAAGAAAUGCUUUUGCACACCUUUGAAAUCAGUACCUCAAAUCCUCUCUACCCUGCUUUCUGGCUGUUCACUCUGGAAAGAAAUGGAUCUUUAACUAUAAGUCAGCCAAACAGGAGAUAAAGCCUGUUGAGAAAAGGGACAAUUUUGGCAAUGACUGCAGAGUUCCUAUAAAAGCCUCAGUGUUUAGCACAGGGGUGUACCAAGGAAUGAAUGCAUAACUACCCAGGUUUUCCUGGCAAUCAGCAACUGAUACUUCUGUCUGCUCUGCUUCUCUUCUCUCUGUGCUCUAGUCUAGCCAUACUUCAUUAAAGCAAUUCCAGCCUAUGUUAAAGGCAGUAAGCACCCCUGUGGGAGUCAGGUGGGUUUCUCAAGCAGCUUUAAGUAGUCCCAGGAUAUUCCUAGGAAAGAAUGUACAAAGGAAGCUCUAAUGUUGGGGAUAAGCCUUUCUUGUGGACUUCAUUUUUGCUACAUUGAUAUAAAAAAUAUAGGAGAACAGAUCAUGCCAUUACUUUCUGUCAAAUGAGUUUUGUUUAGAAGAUCUGUUGGAUUAAGGAAUGCUCAGAGGGCAAGAAUGUUACUGAACUUAGGUAUGAAAAUCUGUCCCUUUAGGGUAGGCACUGAGAAAUAGGCUUUGGAUUUGAGGACCUGACACUUAGGGAGGUGUCCCAGAAGAACAUUAUCUCACUGGAACCAUAUUUUAGUCUUGCCCAGGCCAAAGGGUUGUCAUUCCUGCUGGUGGUGUGACCAUGGGCAUGGUUGUGGAAGCAGAUGUUCAGGUGUGUUUAUACCAGCUGAUAAAUCAUGUGGUCUCUUUGCUGGCCUUAUAAAGGGCCUGCAAACAGGACUCUGUCAUGGGAAGGAUCAUCUGGUCCUGCCAGUGAGCCUGAGACAAAGCAAGAGCUUCUCAGUUGCCUGUGGGGGUGAAGGGACCAGAGCUGAGGUCCCACAAAACGUACGGACAGCUUGGUUUCUGAGAGAUCCACUGCUUCAUGCAGGCAAACUGAAAACAGCAUUCCCAAGAGGCAAAAGCUUUUUCAGGAAGACUGUGGCAUUCCAGAACUGACAAAAUAAAUAGUUUAUUGUGAAUAAA